CGUCUGACUGGCUGACACGCAAGCGGCGUUGGCUCAGAUUUCGCCACUAUCAUGGCGGCCUCCCCGGACAAGUACUCGGUGCUGCUGCCCACCUACAACGAGCGCGAGAACCUGCCGCUCAUUGUGUGGCUGCUGGUGAAGAGCUUCGAGCAGAGUGGAAACCAGUUUGAAAUUAUAGUUAUAGAUGAUGGAAGCCCAGAUGGGACACAGGAAGUCGCUGAACAGUUGAUAAAGAUUUAUGGAUCAGAUAAAAUUCUUUUAAGACCCAGAGCAAAGAAACUUGGAUUGGGGACUGCUUACAUUCAUGGAAUGAAGCAUGCUACAGGAAGCUUCAUAAUUAUUAUGGAUGCUGACCUCUCACACCAUCCAAAAUUCAUUCCAGAAUUUAUCAGAACACAGAAAGAAGGUAAUUUUGACAUUGUGUCUGGAACUCGAUAUAAAGGAAAUGGAGGUGUGCAUGGGUGGGAUUUGAAACGGAAAUUGAUCAGCCGAGGUGCCAACUUCCUAACUCAAGUUCUUCUGCGUCCAGGUGCAUCUGACUUAACAGGAAGUUUCAGAUUAUACAAAAAAGAAGUUUUACAGAAAUUGAUGGAGAAGUGUGUUUCAAAAGGAUAUGUUUUCCAAAUGGAGAUGAUUGUCCGAGCAAGACAACUGGGUUUCUCUAUUGGAGAGGUUCCUAUAUCAUUUGUGGACCGAGUCUACGGAGAAUCUAAACUAGGAGGCAAUGAAAUAGUUUCCUUUCUCAAGGGUUUACUGACUUUGUUUGCAACUACAUAAUAAAGAUAUCAUUCCACAUAAUUUUA